GGUUCUACUGCAGAGAUGACUCUAUCCGGUACCCCUACCGUCCAGACACGAUCACCCACGGACUCAUGGCCGGGGUCAUCAUCACGGCCACCGUCAUCCUUGUCUCAUCGGGGGAGGCCUACCUGGUGUACACAGACCGUCUCUAUUCACGAUCCGACUUCAACAACUACGUGGCCGCCAUCUACAAGGUGCUGGGGACCUUCCUGUUCAGGGCCGCCGUGAGCCAGUCUUGGACAGACCUGGCCAAGUACAUGAUUGGCCGGCUGACACCCAGCUUCUUGGCUGUCUGUGACCCUGACUGGAGCCAGGUCAACUGCUCUGACUACGUGCAGCUGGAGGUGUGUAGGGGCAACCCUGCCAACGUCACUGAGGCCAGGCUCUCCUUUUACUCCGGACACUCCUCCUUCGGCAUGUAUUGCAUGUUGUUCCUGGCGCUCUAUGUGCAGGCCCGGCUCUGCUGGAAGUGGGCACGGCUGCUGAGGCCCACGGUUCAGUUCUUCUUGGUGGCCUUUGCAAUCUAUGUGGGCUACACCCGUGUGUCCGACCACAAGCACCACUGGAGUGAUGUCCUCGUCGGCCUCCUGCAGGGAGCCCUGGUAGCGUGCCUCAUGGUCCGCUAUGUCUCAGACUUCUUCAAAUCCCGGCCGCUCCAGACCUGCCAGGAGGACCAGGAACCGGAGCGCAAGCCCAGUCUGUCCCUGACGCUGACCCUCGGCGACGGACCUUAGCCACUAUGAGUACCCAGUCUCUUCCCGGAAGCCACC